AGCCCGCCGGUCCCCGGCCGAGGAUGCCGCCCGCCGCCGCUCGCUCCAGUUCAUCUGUUGCUGCCUGACCGCGCCGCCAGCCCGAUGGAUGCGGCCGCCCCCGCGCCCUGCCCGCCCGCAGCCGCCCCGCUGGCUACUGAGCCGGGAACCGCUCCGGAGCUCCGCGGCUGCUAAAAACCAAACCAAAACCAAAUCCGAACCAAAAAACACCCCCCAGCUUCGGGCCGGACUGGAGAGGCGGCCGAGGAGCAUGCAGCGUGUCCCCCGGCUCGGCGCUCCCGGCGCGGCGCCGGGCACAGCCGCCUCCUAAAGCCGCCGGAGCCGAGGCUCCCCGGACUCGGGGCUCCCCCCGCCAGGACCCGCGCACCCAGCGCCUCCUCCUUCCCUUCUCCCUCCAGCCGGGCAGGGAGCCCGCCUUCGCACUCGUCUCCCUCUCGAGAUUUUGGGUUUUUUGUUGUGUGUUUGGGUGUUUUUUUUUUUUUUUUUUUGGGUGGAAACCGCCCGUAACUCCGGGGGGAGCUGUGGGGUGGCAGCGGGGAGGCGACCAUGGAAGAAAAGCUCCAGGCGCAUCAGGUGGAGAUCGACCCGGAUUUCGAGCCGCAGAGCCGUCCCCGCUCCUGCACUUGGCCUCUCCCCCACCCCGACUUGGAGGAGGAAGAUGGGGGCGCGGGGGGAACCCCGGCGCUGGCGGCCGGCGGGGACGGAGCGGAGAACGCGGCGGCGCCGGUGGAGCGCAGAGCGGCCGCCGCUCCCCCGCCGCCCCACGGCGCGGAUGUGGGGCAGCUCCGCAAGGCCAAGACCUCCCGGCGCAACGCCUGGGGCAACCUCUCCUACGCCGACCUCAUCACCAAAGCCAUCGAGAGCUCGCCCGAGAAGCGCCUCACCCUCUCGCAGAUCUACGACUGGAUGGUGCGAUACGUCCCCUACUUUAAGGAUAAAGGAGACAGCAACAGCUCGGCCGGCUGGAAGAACUCCAUCCGGCACAACCUGUCCCUGCACACGCGCUUCAUCCGCGUGCAGAACGAGGGCACGGGCAAGAGCUCCUGGUGGAUGCUGAACCCCGAGGGCGGCAAGACGGGCAAGACGCCGCGGCGGCGCGCCGUGUCCAUGGACAACAACAGCAAGUUCCUGCGCAUCAAGGGCAAGGCCAGCAAGAAGAAGCAGCUGCAGGUGACGCAGGAGCGCGGCGAGGACAGCCCGUCCUCCCAGCAGCCCAAGUGGUCGGAGAGCCCCGCGUCCCACGCCAGCGACGAGUACGACGCCUGGGCGGACUUCAGGACGCGGGCCAGCUCCACGGCCAGCACGCUGAGCGGGCGCCUCUCGCCCAUCAUGGCCAACCACGAGCCGGACGAGCUGGAGGAGGACGACGGCACCCCCUCGUCGCCGCUGAUGUACCCCAGCCCUUCCAGCACCAUGUCUCCUUCCCUGAGCGCCCGCUGCUCCGUGGAGCUGCCCCGGCUGACCGACCUGACCGGCACCAUCAGCCUGAACGAGAGCCUGGGGGAGAGCAUGCUGGAGGACCUGCAGGACGGCUACAGCAUGAGCCCCUCGCAGCAGCUCCCCCCGGCCGCCCUGCGGCAGAGGAGCUCCAGCUUCACCUUCAACUCCAAGUGCUCCAGCAUGGGGGCCGCCUCCAACACCUACUGCGGGACCAUCUACAGCCAGCCGGCCAUGGGCCUCAUGCGGCGCCUGCCCAUGCAGACCAUCCAGGAGAACAAGCAGGCCACCUUCUCGCCCGCCGGCUCCUACAGGAACGCCUCGCUGCAGGACCUGCUCUCCUCCAUCUCCUACGCGCACAAGGAGAGCAUGGUCCCGGGGGAGCUGCCCCCGCUGCCGCAGGCCAGCCCCAUGGUGCCGGCCCGUGGCCACAGACACAACCCGCUGCUGUGCGGGGCUGGAGAGCAGGCGCUGUCCUCCUACCCGCCCCACCCGGGCUCUCUGAUGAAGAGCAACGCCCUGUACCACCCGUCACCAGCCGGCCACCACCCUGCGGUCAGCACCAGUGCCUUAGCCAAUCCUGUCAGCCUUAUGAGCCUGCCCAGUGAGUCGUGCAGCAUGACGGCCGUGCCGCACCACCACGGGCACCUGCAUCCCUACGCCAAUAGCCAAGGGGCACACAUGAGCCUGCUGGAUUCGCUGCAGGGCCCCUACCCGGGGGCCGUCCACCCGCCCGUGUUGGGCCAGGACAGGUUCCCAGCAGACCUGGACCUGGACAUGUUCAACGGGAGCCUGGAGUGCGACGUGGAGUCCAUCAUCCUCAAUGACUUUAUGGACAGCGAUGAGAUGGAUUUCAACUUCGACUCGGCGCUCCCGCCGCAGAACGGGCUCAACGUGCCCGCGCUGCCCGGGGGCCCGCAGCCCACGAACCAGAGCUGGGUGCCCGGGUGACCCU